CUAUGGUCUUCUAGUAUUCUAAUUCUAUGGUCCAGAGCCACCGAAAAUGUCCGUCUGUGUUGCGGCUCGGUCGGGACGGGGGAUUUCGCCAGGAAAUAAUACACAUUUAACCCCUGAAGAAGACAGACACAAGCCACAUAUUCUGACAACCUAGAGUACUAUCCCCCAGGAAGGAGUGUCGAGUUGGUGUGUUGGAGCGACACCAACAAAACAACGGGAGUUUACAGUAACAGUUCUUCCGCUGUGAUGUCGGGUCCUGGGUCUCGGAGGACCGGGUCCAGCAUCAAAAUCCGCCUGACAGUCUUAUGUGCCAAGAACCUUGCAAAGAAAGACUUCUUCCGGUUGCCGGACCCAUUUGCAAAGGUCGUGGUGGAUGGAUCAGGACAGUGUCAUUCUACAGACACAGUGAAGAGCACUCUGGACCCCAAAUGGAACCAACACUAUGACCUGUACAUAGGGAAGACAGACUCCAUCACCAUCAGUGUGUGGAACCAUAAGAAGAUCCACAAGCGGCAGGGCGCCGGGUUCCUGGGCUGUAUACGACUGCUGGCUAACUCCAUCAGCAGACUGAAAGACACGGGCUACCAGCGGUUGGAUCUGUGUAAGCUGAAUCCAUCAGACAGUGAUGCAGUACGGGGACAGAUCGUAGUGAGCCUCCAGACCAGAGAUGGUUUGGGCAGCGGAGGACCCGUGGUCGACUGCAGAGGACUGUUAGAGAAUGAGGGGCCUGUGUUUGAGAGCUGUUUCAGUGAGGAGCCGCUGCCGUACUCAGACCCCACGGGCGCCGCUGGGGGCGGGACCUGUCCACCGGAUUCACCCAACCAGGAGAACCGGCUCCAGGCUCAGCGAAUCAGAGGCCAGGAUUCCCAAAGACACACCCACACCCCUCAGAACCGACCGCAUGGCAACCAAUCACCUGAUCUGCCUGAGGGAUACGAGCAGCGCACCACGGUGCAGGGACAGGUGUAUUUUCUUCACACACAGACGGGAGUCAGCACCUGGCAUGACCCACGCAUACCCAGGGACCUGGCCAGUGUGAGCUGUGAGGAGUUGGGUCCGCUGCCAGCCGGCUGGGAGGUGAGGAGCACGGUGUCGGGACGGAUCUACUUUGUGGAUCACAACAACCGAACAACGCAGUUCACUGACCCCGGCUACACCAUCAUCAGCUGCCAAUGA